GUACCACAGCUCCUAGUCGCCGCGUUCAGAGCUGGCGAGCCGUGAUACGGACUUGAUGUCGUGAUCAGCCUCGUCGACUCGCGGCCGGCGUCGUAUACCCAUGAAAUAUUGGCCUUGGAACUCCCACCUAGCAAUCGCUAUCAGAGCUCAGACGCCAGCAUCUCGACCUUACCGAACUGUUGAACGCCGGGAUGACAGCGGAGGCCCGGAGUAAUCGUCCCGUCACAUUGCAGCCCGCAGAAUAAACGCGAUGACCCAUGGCUGCCGAAUCCGGAGGAAAGUGCGAAAAUGUGGUCUUGGAACCUUACAUCCACCAGGUUGGAGGACGGUCAUCCAUGCUAUGUCUUGACGAGUUAACGCUCUGCAAGCCACUCAUACUGCAAGAACUUAAAUUUUAUGAAAACCUUCCGGAUGUUCUUAAGCCAUUCACAUCCGAAUACAAAGGCGUCGUCGAAGUAGCGUUGCUGGAGGACCCCGAUGGCUACCUGACGCUGACAGCGCAUCCCUCGUACGACCCCCUUAAGAAUGGCUGUGCUUCUAGUCAUAACAUCAAGGGCACAGAAAGCAUCACGAGCCUCAAAGCCAGAAAGUACAGGAUGCGCUGGCAGAAGGCUGGCAGCGUCGAGAUUGAGCCGGUGCUCACAGAUGGUACGCAGUUGUUUGAGGAGGACGACAGCAAGGACAGCUUCACCACACACAACCCAUGGAUCGUGCGGUGCCACAACUUGCAGAUUCAGCGAUUCCUGUCAUCCUCCGGAAGCCCCAGAGAGUUCCUGCUGUUGGAAAACUUGACUGCCCGCUACACGUUUCCCUGUAUCCUGGACCUGAAGAUGGGCACUCGGCAGUAUGCAGACGACGCUUCUGAAGAGAAGCGCCGAAGCCUCGACGCCAAGACGGCCGCCACGACUUCGAGUCCUCUCGGGCUCCGGAUUUGCGGCAUGCAGGUGUACCAACAGAACCUUGGCUAUUACAAGUGCCACAACAAGUAUUUUGGCCGGUCACUUAACGUGGAAGGCUUCCGGCAGACCCUGUACCACUUCCUUCACGAUGGCAUCCGCUUCCGCUUCGACAUCCUGCUGCCCCUCAUUGACCGGCUCCAAUCACUCACAGAGGCAAUAGAGCAGCUGGAGUCUUUUCGUUUCUACACAAGCUCGCUUCUGAUCCUGUACGAGGGCAAAGGGCCCGACGGGAACUCAAACGACUGCAGCGAGGCACCACCACCACCACCCAAAGAGAGCGUCUUUACCAAGAAGCAGCCGCCGCCUCCAGUGGACAUCAGGAUGAUUGACUUUGCCCACUCAGUGUACAGCCCAAAGGACAAAGGGCCAGAUGAAGGUUACCUCUUUGGCCUGAGGAACCUCGUAACUCAGCUGCAAAUCUUGAAGCAGGACAACCUGAGUGCCGCCACGGAAAGCCUUCAGUUGAAGUGUGACAACGCUUCUGGAAAGAUCGAAGUGGCUGCAAGAGCAACCAACAACUGAGACGAUUGCACAAUCGAGAGUAACCGGUACGGCCAAGCCCCGGGGGCUGGUUCCGGCAAGAGAUACCUGGCACUGGCGCUGUGCGGUAGUGGCAUGAUGGAAGAAUCGCUGCCGUGAGAAAUUACAAGUGGCUCAGCCGAGUAGUCAGCUUAAAGCUGUUGGAACAAAUCAAUUGAAGUUGGACAGCUUGGGUUUCGCCAAGGGGUGGUUUGCAUAGGAGUCUGCAUACCGAUAAAGAUGGUUGAUGGAUGGGCUUGCCAAUGGCUGCCAGCUGCUUUUUUCACAGAUGUGGGUGAUUUUGAUUUUUCAUGAUUGUGCCCCGAGCACUAAAGCUUUGAAGGCAACUGCUCCCCAAGGUUGAAAUGAAAGGUGCAACAAAUGGGGAAGAACUCGGAAUUCGCAAAUUGCAUGAACAAUGCCAUUUUGGUCACACUCGUACUGACUCAGUCUCACCUUGCUCAUGCAUCAUUUGCAUGCAGAGACUGUCUGGCAACAUGACCACGACAUGCCAUUGUAACUGGCUGAAACACACAGCGUUCGUGUGGACUGCAGGACGUGAAGCUUCAGAAGUGAGUUGUAUGAACUUGAUUCUAAGCUUGUGGUGUCCUGACGUGACGCAUCUCCAGUAACAUUCGGAGGAAUGGUAAGAGAUGAGGCAGGGCACUGGCAUUUCUUCAUCACAUUUAACAGCACACUGGGAGAGGCAGCUGCAGUUCUCUUUAGCCCUAGCCAAAUAAAUGCUGGCACUGAAUCAGUAAGCCUACUGCUUAAGAACCUCGUAGAAGAGCACUGUAGGCAUCAGAUUGUGUAAAGCAAGACAAUGAUGAAACACCUAUCACGGGAUGGGCUGUUUGCCCGAGAAGCAUCGGUAUACAAAGGGCCACAUAGUGGCCAUUGUUUUCUUUUUUGGAGAUGCUAUGUACAUGUGCAAAACUAGGCCCUGUGUCAAGUGGCACACAUUCUGACCAAGGACUGAGGCGUGGAACGUGGCUGAAGAUGCUAGUGCAGCAGCUUUUAAGGUGGCUAAUAGACGCUUGUCAGUACAGAUACUUUUAGUCAUUCCACAAUGGUCGCUUGUUUGCUUCCGAGGGCAGUAUUGUAGCGUGCACAGUACCGCAAGCACUGGUAGUAAUGAGAGCGACUUUCCCCGGUGGUUUACUGCUAUACAACAGCUUCAGAGAUGUGCAGCCAUGACAUCAGCACGCAACAUACAUUUUUUUUCCAUCCUUCGACAUCUGAACUCAUUAGUUUUGCUUACUUUAUUGCACAGUCACACAGGAGUUCUUAACAGUGUUUUCCAGCUUUGUUUUCUCUCGCAUAUUGGAGGCCAUUUUUUCUUUUUGCAAGCAGGCGGUUAACGGUACAAGAUUCGGGGCAGCCUUUCGACUUGCUGCUGCCAACACUGAACUGCCCUUGAUUGCCACUAAGGCGGCAAAUGCAUUUCCUGGAGUUGUGUAGGAAAGGCGCGUUUGUUGUGCCAUGUUACCUCUGCUUGCUUUGAAUGCCAGUCAGCAGCCUUUUUUUUUAUCAUCGGUUCACCACACCUGCAUUCUCAAGGUAUCCAGGACCAUUAUUUCACCACCACAUUUCUCGUUGCACUGAUGCUCGUAUGUACGAGUACAGCCUUUCACACUCCAAGAAUGUCUGAUCAAAAAUAAUUUCCUGUAGCCCGACAUUCAAACUGACUUCAAUUGUUCAUGUGUGCAAACAUGAGGCAUCCAUUUCUCACCCAUAACCAACCAUAUUACUGAAGGGUACCGGAACAGCAGCUUUGCACUGUACUGUUACUGACGAGUUUACAGACUGGUGUUACAAAGGAAAAUAAAUAAUGCUUGUUGCCUUGGAUUGAAACAUGGAAUGGAUGGUACAUUGAUUUGGCCAAAUUGAAGAAGCACUACCCAACUCCAUGAUGUUUUCAUUGAUUGCGAGAAUGUUUGAAUUUUUCUCUACUUCUGUGGCUUCGGAACUCUUGUUUCUGGCUUAGGCGCUGGUGUCGUCUGGGAGUUUUUUUCUGUGAUGACAUGUCGGGUUGUCUUUCAUGUGGGAUUUGUGCAAAGAUAUAAGAAAAGACCCUAAAAGGAAAUAACAUUAAGCAUCAUCGGUUUUCUUGAACUUGGAGCAAUAUGUGUGCUUGCCGUGUAAAUGUCGCACCCUUUUUUCUUCCCCAUUGUCACAAGAGAAGACCAUUGAGAGAAAGAAUGGAAAAAAAAAAGAUUGCAAUGUUUUUCUUGCACUUGUAGUAGGUCUGGACUUUGUAAACGUUUUGAAGGUUUUGUUGAAUGUCACUCUUACCGACAGAGCUGCAGGCCUGUGUGGCAGCUUUUCUUGCAUGUGCUGUCCCUUUGUCAGUCGUGCAUUCUUAGCUGCAGCUGAACCUUUGAAGGUUGUGAACCGCAGGCAAGUUGCUAGAAUCCCUAGACAUUUUUUCAGAGCUCCCCAGACGCACUUCAUUUGCUCAGCGACUAACUUUUGUUCUUUAGCUCACAUAUGCAGUGCCCGGUGAAAUGAAAGUCGGCAGUGCUCAAGCAAAUUCUUCAAGCAUGUGUUGUCGUAUUGUAGUCUUUCAGAGAGCGCAUUCUCUCUCGUGUAUAAAGCACCUUGAAUUCUUUUUUUUUUCUUGUAAGGUGAAUUUGUGAUGACACUUUUUUUUUUUUAGCGUGUGUGUUGUUUGGUUGACAAUACAGAUCUUAGCUGCGUAGAUAGACGUGUAUCUUUCUAGUGAUUUGUAUAGACAUCAAUUAAGGAGCGAUGCAUACUUUUUUCAGUCAUGUGGCAAGUUGUCUCUGCGCUGUUUUUUUAGGGCACGGUAAUAAUUCGACGUGUCACUUGUCAAUCACUUGCCAUCGCGCCAAUGUUGGUGGAGGAGAGGUGGUGUGUUUCAUGCCAUUCUCUUUAACCUUUUUUGGCAACAUCCUAGGAAGCGACGGGUUGAGGUGUAGCAUGUUCUUUAAGGUUGUUGAUACACAAAAUGAAAAGAGAAUAUGUCUGUUGCUUGUUGUAUUUUAAUAUGUACGUCUACUUUGUAAGGAAUAAAAUGUUUAUGCAUGCAGCAA